GGUGCUUUAACAAUUUGGAAACUAGCUACUGCCCUGCCUGUUGGGUCGUUAUAUGGAGUUAGUUGCAGAUUUCACAUUUCUUAUCCAGCGAUGAUGGCUUCCAAGUGUCAGCUGCCCAUCUGUAUUGGACGAGAUCAGGAGAAGCCAUUGUCCCUGGAAGAUUUCCGCCAGUACCACGAGAGUGACAAGCACUGGGAUGCCCGCAAGCAAUUUCUGGCCCGGCAUCUGCACCUUUACCCUGGCAGCAAACUAGACCAGCUAAUUUCUUUGUCUGUGGUGUGGAGUAAUAUCGUCUUCAUUGGUAACAGGUAUGGGGAACAUCUUACUAAAAAAGUCCUUCAGAUGGGGGAAGGAAUUGAUGUUGGUGAGAUACCAUCUUAUGAACUGGUACCUGGUACAAAGGCAUCUAAAAGACCCUGCAAUUCAGAUCUUGAUGUACAGCCUCAACGAAAGGUUGGGCCAAGUUAUGGCUCUCGGCUACGUUUUGAACCUAUGCGUUUUGUAGCCAGCAGUAUAAAAGAAGAAACUAUGGACACUCAUAAAUCAAAUGCACGCGAGACUUCAAACGCUUCCUAUUCAUUUAUGAAUUCAGUGGAUGCCUUCAGACGCAAGUUUUAUAACCUUGAGCAGCAAAGCAGAGAUGACCAAAUUCGGAAGACGUCUGCACUAAGCUCUGGGUCAGAGAGGCCAUAUGAAACAGAAGACUUGUCAGUCUACACCACAGAAGAGGACGAUCCGGAUUGUGAAGCAAAUAGUCUGCAUAGUCCAGAAGCUAACAAUGCAAAUAUUCAUUCUAAUAACUUUAGACAUGAGGAAUCUGAUUGCAAACGUAAUCCUUGUCCCUCGUUUUAUACAUCUGAUGGCAACAGCAGGCAAAAGUGUAUAACUUCCCAUACAAAAUCCUAUCCAGAAGUUAUGGUAACUUGUGCAGAUGAUUCACUCAGCACGGAAUUGCUACCAGGACAUAUGCAGCAAGUGAAUUCUCAGGAUAGUGAUGGGUCUUUAACUGCACAGGAAGAAUCUGGCCCUAUAAAAGGGAUAGUAUUGCCAAAACCGUUCAUCCUUACAGAAAAUGCCAGCAAUGCAGUGAGUAUCUUAAAUAACUCGGCUAUGCUUAACAAAAUGGUGGUUGACUAUAAGUACGAUAUGAUGCCUAACAAUACAUGGAGGUGUAGAGUGUUUGUGCAGGAUCAAUGCGUAUCUGAAGAAUAUGGAAAUAAAAAGAGCAGUAAACACGCAGCAGCUGAGGCAGCUGUGGAAAUUCUCAAGAAGAUGCAGCCUAAUCUGCAAAAUCAAAAUGGUCCCACAAUAAGCAACAUGAAAAAAGCCCCUAUGGAAAAUGCAAUUUCUAGAAGCCAGCUAUGUGGUUUGUCCUCUAAAGCGGCGUAUAGGCAGCCAAUCAAAGAGGAUAACAUUGGAAAUCAACUGCUAAGGAAGAUGGGAUGGACUGGUGGAGGAUUGGGGAGGGAGGGGGCAGGAAGAGCUGAGCCUGUUUUUGUAAUGGAACAGUCUGGUCGUGCAGGAAUCGGUUUGCCUUCAAUUAGUCGUAAAUUGAAUGCAAGAGAUGUUGAGCAGAUUAUAAGAAAUUAUGCUAAAUCACAUGACCAGAAUGACCUUACUUUCUCUAUGGAAUUUACCAAUGAGGAGAGAAAGUCAAUACAUCAAAUAGUUCAUAAAUAUGGGCUCAGGAGCAAAUCUUAUGGAAAGGGUACUGAAAGGUAUUUAGUAGUAAGCAGGAAAGUAAGUGAGCAAGCACUGAUUAAUCAACUUAGACAGUUUUACUCAUUAAAACCAUCUUGUAAUUAGCCCGUUUUUAGUAGAUAGCUAUAUGAGAUUUGACCCUUUUUAUUGCCAUAAUGUGCUAUCACUGUGCAGUGUAAUAUAUUUUAGUUCUCUGUCAGUAAUCACUUGCAGAUGUUCUUCAUUUUUUCAUUAUUUGAUAAAAGAUAUUUGUUAUUCUGUGCAUGAGUUCAACACUUUGGACCAGAUAUUCAAAAGCUCCUUGGAAUAGAGAGAAAUCACACAAAAUCUUUGGGAUUUUUUUUUUUUAGAUCUUGUAUUGUAAUGUAGGUCUCUCUCCUCAUACAAAACCCUUACAUAGUGAGAUAAAUAUCUUACAAAUUAAAAUUUGUGUUUCUAACAUUUUUUUUUAGGAACCUCUUCAUAAUGACGAGAUGUCUUAGAUCAUCUCGCCUUAUCAGCAAGCUUUUAAAUAUCAAGCCCUACGUAAGUGAAUUAAACCGCUCUGCAGAUCAGUCUGGGAAAAACUGCUGACUAUCAAACCAAGCACAGGUGGAAAUAAGUUUUUGUUUUAGUCGUUACUCAGUCCUUAAAGGGACACUGAACCCAAAACUUUUAUUUUGUGAUUCAGAUGGAGCAUGCAAUUUUAAGCGACUUUUUCUAAUUUACUCCUAUUAUCAAAUUUUCUUCAUUCUCUUGGUAUGUUUAUUUGAAAAGCAAGAAUGUAAGUUUAGAUGCCGGCCCAUUUUUGGUGAACAACCUGGGUUGUCCUUGCUGAUUGGACAGCACCAAUAAAGAAGUGCUGUCCAGGGUUCUGAACCAAAACAUUGCUGGCUCCUUAGCUGAGAUGCCUUCUUUUUUAAAUAAAGAUAUCAAAUGAACAAAGAAAAUUUGAUAAUAGAAGUAAAUUAGAAAGUUGCUUAAAAUUGCAUGCUCUAUCUGAAUCGUGAAAGAAAAAAUUUGGGUUCAGUGUCCCUUUAACUAGCUUUUGGGAUCAUAGAAAAGAUCUGUUGCUAAUCACACAUCGUCUUAGCCAACAUUAAUUUAUUUAUACUCCUGUGUUUGUAACAGGUCACAAAUUAGACGUUAUACAAACAAUUACAAAGAAAUAUUGUAUAAAAAAAAUAAAGAAGUGCAGUUUCAAAUGUAAAAUAAAUAUCCAUUGUUAAUCUA